AUGCAGGUCUUGUUUGGUUUGCGCAUCGAUGAUGAUGUUGUGUACAUGCAGGAUGCUGCACGGAGGAUUCGUCCAUGGCGUACUUUAUUAGAGACACUCACAGGAUGCGCCAUAGCACCUGCUAAUAUGGAUGGUGCGAGCCGAGUGAGGAUACAUACCAUUACUGGCUACCUGCGAGAUCAGUUACAAGUAGAUCCGAUAGGAGAUGCUACUCCAGUGGAGCGGGUUGAGAAAAUUUCUAGACUUUACAUGCUUGUUAUAUUGGGGGGCAUCUUAUUUUCGAACACGUCGGGGAACCUUAUUAGCUUACAAUACUUGGUGUUCCUAGAUCCCAUCCACGACGUAGGUAAGUACAGUUGGGGCAGUGCAGUGUUGGCCUACUUGUACCGUGCACUUUGUCGGACAUCUAUCGAUAAUGUGAUUGACAUUUGCGGAUUUAUUCCUCUCCUUCAGGUUUGGUGUUGGGAGAGGAUCUUGCAUGUACAACCAUCAGCUCAUCUGCCGCAUGAUGGUGACGUGUUACUUCCAUAUGCUAGGCGAUUGACGCAUGAAAUUGAUAGGGAUACUGAGUCACAUCAUGUUCUUAUCCCGAUUAGAGACCAGCUAGACUGUAUGACGAAGGAUUAG